AUGACUUGUGCAUCAGAAAGCAUUUCGUCCAUGGCUGAAAAGGAAUUAUUGAGUGACGAAGUUAAAGCUGACAUAUUCUUCGUUAUUGUUCCUGCCAUUGCUUUAAUUUCUAGAAAUGUUACUUUGAAGGUGUACGGGAAACAGCGGAAACGUUUAUUUACAACUGCUGGGACACAAACCCAAGCGUUGUUAUAAGUCUUAUAAAUGCAAUUGCGUUUGUUUUUCAGUCGAAACUAAAAUUCUCUAUUGUUGACUGAGAUUACACCAUAUUGAUACUUUUAACCAUCUGUUUGCAAAGUAAUGUCACCACCUGGGGGGAUUCUUCCAAAUUGGGGCUAGAUAGGUAUGUGCCGCCUGAUAGGGAAUUGUUUUUAGGGUCUCCAUCUUUAAAUAGGGUAUCUUUUUUGCCCUUGUUGGCGUUGUGUUCCCGGUGUGAUCUUUACUAGAAAGGCUAAUGUUAUUGUAUCAGCUAAAAUUUACGUGCGUAAAUUAUACGAGAAACAAAUCAUAUGUUAAAACAGAACUUUACUUCUGAGUGUUAGGAAAACGAUUUAAGGAAGAUUUGUGCUUUUCUAUUAAAUUAUUAGUUUGUAUUUCCCCUUGAAUUGGGUCUCAUUUUUCAAGCUUUGCCCUUUAAUUAAAAGGGGAACAGUUUCCUUUGUCUCAUUCCUAAAUAGGGUCAGUGUUUAAGACCCUGGAGGGUACACUGUCUACAAGAAGCGGCCUGGAAAGAAAAGCUUUGGUUCGUGUUCUGUAAGAAGGGUUUUGCUUGAAAAAUGGGAUACACGCGGAAAACCAGCUGUGAAAUGAAGAGCUGGAAACCUGUAGGAAGGAAGUUGUUGCUCGGUUGGGUCUUUUUGCUUGAACUUUUCUUGCUUUUUCGUGCUUUUUAUUACCGUAGAUUACUCUUUAUUGCCUAGCUGUUCACUUUGUAAAAGCGUGCAUUAAACUUUCAAGUGUAGGUAGGAGGAGAAAGGGAGGAAGUAGAGGAGAGAUGAUGAUUAGGAUAAUGAAAGAGAGCUGAUCGUUUUUACCUUCUGUAGACAUGAAAAAAAUUUUCGAAGGGCCAGUACAACCAUUAAAAGUCUUGGAAAAAAACUGGGGUAUUAAUCUUUUUUACCGGAUCCGCUUCAAACGAACUCCCCUUAAGGGUAAAUCUCGAGGGGGAGGGGGGAGGGGCGUGAAGACAAGUCUGGGUAGGGUUGUGCCGCCGAGGCCUUCAAUUUAAACUAACAUCAUGGAAUUUAAUUGUUGGGACCGCACAUGUAGACCGCUCAUCGCCAACCUUCACACUCUUUCCAAGCGACACCAUGUUAAAGGCGCUAAACAGUAAAAUUGUCUGGAGCCGGUUAGAGCUGGUUAGCCAGAUAUCCACAACCUGAUCAGUGGGACAUACCCGUCUAGGCCAAAAUAAGCCCUGUAAAUGAGGCUAGCAUGGACAAGUAAAAGGGCCCUUUCUCCUUUAUUCCCACUCAAGUCCCUACGCCCUUCCCCUUCCCCUCCUGGGCACUUCAACACUUGGGUCCUCCCCUCUUGGUACUUUUGUCAGUUGCAAUGCGAUCACGUCAUUGUAAUUGACAGAUGACCGCAGAAACGGUUUUCCCGCGAAUAGCUAAAACAUCCAUGGUUCGAUAAUCUUUUUAAUAUUGACUGUAGAAAAUAAGAGUUGUGUGUUUAUUUUCUCAUAUUUUUUUACGGGGGAAAACGGUAAAAAAAGUUAUGAAAUAUGUUUACCCAUUAUACAGGAAGAAAAAAAAAUGGAAAAAAAAAAAAUGACAUCGGGGUUUCCAAUUUUUGUAUUUAAAUUGAAAUAGACGAAUGACCCACGGACCAAGUUUGCCGCCAUAAUAACUACUGCUUCCGACGCAAGACCACAACUCAAACGAUGACCUGUGCUUUAGAAAGGAUUUCGGUCAUAGUUGAUAGAGAAUCAUGGAGUGAGGCAGCUGAAGGUGACAUAUUGGUCGACGUUGCUUGAAAGGCGAGCGAGAAACAAAAACGUUUAACAACCGGGCCCCCUGAUGUCAAAUGCUAUAGUAAAGGCAAUUGAGUUGGUUUUUCACUCAAAGUUAAAGCUGGAGCUGAUUAUGUAUGUGACCUGCGCCUUAGAAAAGAUUUUGGUUAUGAGGAAUUAUUGGGCGAGGAACUGAGGUGUAGCUAAGAUAUUUGCCAUUGCUUGUUAUUUCUACAAAUGUUACAUCAAAGAGGAGCAGGAAACAAGGACGGUAGAUAACCUGGACCUAAUGCCAAAUGUUGGGGUAAAGACAAUCGCGCUGGUUUUCUACUUGAAGCUAAAAUCCUUUUUCCUUAACUGUCAGCUGUCUAAAAUGAUAUCUCUUUGCCACACAAUAAAAAUGGCCUCGUUUGUGUACACAGUCUCUCUGUUUGCGUAGUAAUGUCAGGUACAAAGCAGAACUUUUAGCAACUGAUUAUAUGAAUUGACCACCUGUUCUCCACAAAAUAUCAUGCUAACGAGCACCACAUUUUUUUUAUUAUCACAAGAAAUGUCUUUUUCUACAACCAUAAAAUAAAAGUGUAAAAUAUUUUAGUUAUGAUUGAAGGAAACGGUAGGUCGAUAGAACUUAGUCAAGAGCACCAGGAGUGGCCGUGGUCGCGACAAAAUUUCGGUUUUGAAAGAAAUUGUCGUCUAAAACUGGGAUUAAUUUAAUUGCAGCUAAGCUUCAAAUCAACCGAAGUGGCAUGAAAUGAAAGGGAGAAUACUGGUUCCUUCCCACAAGAGGUAAGGAAAAAUUAGAACCAUGAGGAAAUCAGUAACUAUUCUUUGAAAGCACUGGGAAAAGCAGCAAUGAUCUGGAACAAAAAUUUAUUUAGUAUACUUUAUUAGGAUCUGUAAGAAAUUUAUUAGCCAAAAGUACCAGUCUUUUUUUUUUUGCUUGUCAUCGUUUAUACUUUUAAGUUUAUCUUGAGUGCUUAUACGUGACUGAUUAUAUUUGACGGACACUGCACGAGCUUUCAAAUAAGUUUUACUUAAACUUAGUUGCUCAAAUUUGUUUUGUUUCCUUUCUCCAGACAGGCUUUCAAUGCCAGUAGGUCUUCUGGCAGGAUAUUGCAUGCCAGUAAAUAACGGCUUAGAAUUAAAAGUGCCAGGGAUGUAGCUAAAAACUUUCCAGGGGUACGUUUAGUUUUUUUCAAAUCAAACCUACGGUGACCUCAUUUUCACGCGAGUGACUUGAUUGAAUUUCAGUUUUUUAUUUUUAUUUUUCGGGCAGCAGUUAGGGCCUUAAUUCGCGGGUUGCCAAAUUGGGGAGAAACACUUCAUUUUGUCUUGAAAAUUAUCUAAAAGAAGUUAAGAUGAGUGAAGGUGCGAGUGCCCCGCUUUUCCUUAUUGAUAAUUUGUGCGUAUCAUUCCAUUAUCUGAGUCUUGAAUCUGUUCUCGGGAUUUCCACACAAAACCCGUAACAUUUGCAGCCGUGUUGAUACUACUUUAUACAAUACAACACGUAAGUGACUCUUGCACAGAGCCUUUAGUGCCUGUGCUUCGACCAAAAUUGCAAGUGGUGUUUGAAAUGAUCACUUAGCUCAUAAAGUGAAACGGCUUUUUUAUGUAAAAAGACUAGUAAGCAGUUUCUCAGGGUAAAACUUACACUGUUGGUCACAAUUUUGUGUCCUUGCCUCCAUGUACAAUUUUCUGUUCGAAAGUGAGUUGGGCAUGAUUCUGGUCGGCUGCGGCCAUAUUAAGUCUUUCUAUAUUUCCUUUGCUGUCCAUCAAUGCCCUUCUUCUAAAACAGCAUACAUUAGGCAAAGCUUGUUUAAUCUCAGGAAUUCUUAUUGCGUACACCACUGGAUUGAUAAACGAGCUGGAAAGAUAAAUAAAGUAAGCUAACAGCAAAAUGUGGUCAUGUAUGUUGUAUCCGAAGGAGCCUAUUAAAUUGCAAAGAGAUAUAGGGAUCCACGAAAUCAAAGUAAAAGCAGAUACAUAUAAUAAGGCUUUUGUUAAGCGCUGCUUUUGAAAGGCUCUAUUUUGUUGAUGACAAGGAGUUUUCUGCUUAAACUUUCUCCAAAUACCGAUGUUGAGGCCGCAGAUAGUCAAUACGAGAAGCAAGAUGUAUAAACACAGGAAACUGUAUAACGUCAUUGGGCUGCAGAAAAGUAGGACAUAAACCGUGGAAAACAGGAUAGCCAACGUCCACACCAUCAAAACAACAAGCCUGUAUGCUCGCGUAGAAAGUGUUCGGUGCUUUAAUGGCCAAUAAAUGGCGUAAAAUCUCUCAGCAGAUAUCAAAGCAGCGGUAAUAGACGAGGCCAGUGAGAAAAAGGCGCAGAUGAUAUUGCGGAAAAAAGAUAUUUCAUAUGAUGCCUGGUUUUCAGGAGUCACCAGGAAAAAAAUAAAAGAAGGGAGAAAGAUACCUCCCAACAUAAGAUCAGCAAACGCCAUAUUCAUAACAAGAUAUAAACUUUUCUUUUUUCGAAGCUUCUUGUUAAAUGCAAAGAGUGCAAUUGCGAGCAUAUUCCCCAAGACGACAGCAACAGCUUGCGCCGAAAACGCGAAACUCUAAGCGAUGGUUUGUGCAUUCGAAAAGAUUUUCGCCCUUGAUGAAAAUGAAGAAGAAGAGGUGUUAGCUGAUACAUUAGUCAUUGUAAGUUUACUGCAAACAGUCACCUAUCUUCAAUAAUAUGUCAGUGAAGAAACAGGGCUCUGUAACGAACUUAAUCCAGUCAGCACCAAGUGUUUCUGUCAAGGCAGUUGCUAGUUUUUUUUUUUUAUUUGAAGCUAAAAUCUAUUAUUGUUGACUGAAUAGGUUUUAAAUGAUGUCCCGUUUUCUACAUAAUGAAAGAUUUAACCUCUCUGGUGCACAAACCAUUUGCUUAGUGAUAUCACCCGCUAAGCAGUUUUCGAAAACCGAACUGUAUAAGUCGCCACCUGCUCCAUUUGGAGAACAUUUACAUAAGUUAAUUCACCAACUCAGGGAAUGCUACGAGUAUUUUUUUAAAUUUGAUAUGUAUAGCUUGAACACAAAAGCCUGAAUUCGGCUAAUAUAUUGCUGUGAGCUCAAUAAAAGGUCAAACUAGUUUUUUGACUCUGAGAUUUAAACGAAAUGCAACUCCCUCCAUGACUGAAAAUUAUCAUCGAAGAAGGGACUAUAAUUCAUGGCUAACCUUAAGGAAACUCAUGCAGUUUAAACCUAAAGGAAGCAGCGGGACACUUGUACAUGUUAAGUGCUCCCUUAGUUGUGAAGAAUAGAAGAAAAAAAUGUUCAUUUCCAGAACGAAAUAUAAAGUUAAAAGUGAAUGAUACAAAUACGCUGAAGUAACAAUGAAAUCUCGGCAGAGUUCUGUCCCUAAAAUGUCAUUUCAUUUGUCAGUACACUUAGACUAUUAGGGAUCAGUAAUCAGCCAGAAUAUCUAAAAUGAAUAUGAAGCGUCUUUACUUGAUAUUUUUUACAUACUGCGGAAUACAUAUUUUUUUAGGUAAGAUCGUGAAGAUUAGUUGUGCAACACCUCAAGCUAUCAUGUUUUACUGAUGCGAAUAAAACAGAACAAAACAGCUGUCUACAGCUGCCACUCCCCGCUCUUCAGAAAAGUGCCACUGGAACAAGGGUUUCAACUGCCUUUUGAGGGAUGAACAACCGCUCAUUUCUUGAAUCUUCAAAUAAGGGCGUAAUGAGCGUUGGAAACAUUUUGAAUUUUACUUUUAAAUUUCUGUUGUUAUCCAACGGUUAAUUACGGUUAAUUAUUUCUGAAGAUGUACAUGUUGGAACAAACGAAACGUCAAGUUAAAGUUUUAUUUCUUUCCAGAGAUGCCUUAUUAUAUUGUUACAUUGUUUAUGAAAGACAACAUAACAAGCGUUCUCGCAUUGCUCCCUAAGUACGCAUGCUCAACACUUCUUCAACAUGGACCACGCCAAUAGCCCUUUGUCACGUGGCGACCAUUUUGUCUCAAAAGAUUUAAAAAGCUUUAUUUAUGCCCGGCUAGCCUCGUAGAGAGAACGAGGCUAGCCGGGCAUAAACAAAGCUUUUUAAAUCUCUUGAGACAAAAUGGCCGCCACGUGACAAAGGUCUAUAUCCAGCAAUCUCAAGACCGAACAAGUUAAGUGAAUAAAGGAUUACCGUUUAGCCAUAAAGAGAACUUUUUCUUGCGGCAUUAAGUGGGAAAACUUACUAACUAAAGGUAGCCAAUCAGAACAAAGGAUUCUCUUUAUCUUGCCCGCUUGCGGAUUCAGCCAUGUGCUGGUGUUAAUAAUGUUAUCCGCUGGUGGAUAGCUCAGAUAGCGCUAUCCACCUUAUUUGAAAAGCUGGGGCUAGAUCAAAUUUUAUUAAAUUUCACGUCAUCCUCCAAAGAAAGUUAGCUAAAUAUCCAGAUGCUAUAUGUAAGUCAGUUCAAAUCGAAGAAAAGAAAAAUUGGCGUGGCUGAACACAGUUUGAUGACCGGGUCGUGGGUGGUAAUCACUCAUUCGGCUGUUUGUUCAGUCGCACUUUGUAAUAACCGCUUGUCGCACUUUGUAAUAAACUUGAAAUGGAUGUUCGGAGGACAAGGAACAACAACAACAACAAUAAUAAUAAUAAUAAUAAUAACAGAAAUAAUAAUAACAAUAAUAACAAUUUAUUCAUUCCAAUUUCUUGGAAUAAUUAUCUGCAGACACAUUUUAUAGGUGGCCUAUCUUACAUAAUGUGGUUUUCAAUAGGGCACAGCGUAAAAACUAAAAACUACAGUAGUAAAAAUGACAAAAUAUUAAAAUAGAUGAACUAAAAAAUGUCACACUAAGCGAACUUAUUGAGAUUUAAAAUGCUUAAGUCAUGAAAUUUUAAAAGCAUUAUGAGGUAGACAUCUCAUGGUCUUCUGAAGGGAAUUCCAGUAUGUCAAUGCACUAUGUAAGGAUCUGAGUAGACCCCAGUUUGUGUUUGAUCUAAAAGACCUAAUAGUUUCGUUGGAGCGGGUGUUAUGGCUAUGAUAGUCUGAGCCUCAAGUAAUCAUACUGUUUCUUCACUGUCAUAUAUAAAAACACCGUUGCAUUAAUCUUCUGGUUUAUAGAUUCAUCCAGUUAAGAUCUAGAAGUGCUUGAGUUGACGAAGAAUGCGUCGCUCGAUCCAGAACUAGCUUGGCUGCUUUAUUCUGAAGAACUUGAAUAGAAUCCAUUAAAACUUUGUUAUUUUUGUCACCCUAUACGAUACUUGCAUAUUCAAGAAUAGGAAUGGCCAUUACCAGGAGCCCAUCAAAUUGAUGGGCAAAAUCAACCAUCAGUUCCUAGCCUCAACUUCUUCUAAGACAGAUCGACAAAGAACCUCCAAUUAUAUCGCCCAAACGAGGAAAGUCUCUAAAAGAUAUACCAGUUCUGUAAAAGCUUAACUCUGAGAAUUAAAAGCCAUAAACACGUUGGUGGAAGUCGUGAUGUCAGGCUUGUCAACCCUUUGUAAUAUUCCUCUUUCUCUGUGCUGCUGGUAAAACUUUCAAAAUGUCCAACUUGCUUCUACAAUCAUCUUUCGCCUUAAGAACACCUUACUUUUGCAGACAAGCCGAUAAUACGGAUAGCAGCUAAAUUCCAAUACAAAGUCCUAUUAUUACGAACUCUCACUCUUAGAAACACUAUCUCAUUGCGACAUGGUCUCGAGGUCGUCCUCAUAGGAAGAGCACGUUGUACUUCUCCACAAAGAGUUUGAAGCCAGAAGGCCACAGUUGAUGUGAGCAUGCUACUUUUAAAAGCACAAUCGAUAAGGGCCUGCUCAAAACCGUUCAGUGAAUUAUUAUUAUUAUUAUUAUCAUUAUCAUCAUCAUCAUUAUUAUUGUUGUUGUUGUUGUUGUUCUUGAUGAUGAUACUUAUUAUUGGGCUCACUUGUCCUCCGACCAUCCAUUUUAAGUUUAUUACAAAGUGCGACAGUUUAUUUUUAUUACAUUUGCGAUGGUCUGUUGUUACAAAGUGCGACAACUCUUUUAUUACAAAGUGCGACAAGUGUUGUUACAAAGUGCGAUAGGUGUUACAAAGUGCGAACAUUUUAUUACAAAGUGCUACGAUUAUUACUAAGUGCGACAGAACACCUUUUUCAUAGGCUCGUUGCAGUUAUGAAGUUCAAAUUUAGCACGCACAAAAUAUAUUUAUGAGACUUAUGAAUUUACACCCAGCUUGCAAUCAGUGACUUAACCAAAUGUAACAAUCAGUUUUUAACUUUUUUAAGUGAAUCAGUAGCUUUCAUGUACUUGAUUGUCUCUCAGAUUCAGCAUAGGCGUUCUCUCUUACCCUGUUGUCCGCGCGAAGUCUGGGAAUUCGGUGACGUCACAGCUUAUAGUAGAGUCCAGCUUUCACCGAGUCGAGAACACAGGGAGACCAGGCUGUCUCUGAUUUCUUUUUCCAACUUUUAAUUUGAUGCUUUCUUUGACUAAAUGAUAUUUGAACAAGAUUUCUACCAUUUCGUCAAAUUUGAAUGACUAUUUUAAGAUAUUGUCGUUUUUUUACAUUGCCUAUAGAAAUCAACAAAGCUAUCCCCAAAGAACGGAUACUCAACACUCGCACAAAAAGCGGAGGGAGGGGAGGGCAAGGCUCACCUGGCCCCGCCCCGUGCAGUUUUAAGUCUCAGUUUCUCGAACUUCCACCGCUAGUCACAAUUUUGUAUCCUCCAUAACUUCCUGAUUGAAAGUGAGCUUUAAAUUAUUGUGAUCGGCUACCAUAUUAUUUCUUCCUGCAUUAAUAUUUUCCUGACUUCUAAAACAGAACAAAUUCAAGCCUUGCCUAAACUCAGGAAUUCUUAAUGCGUACACCAUUGGAUUGAUAAAAGAACUAGAAAAAUGUACAAAAUAAAUGGAAAGGAGAAUGUUUAAAGAUGUGUUUUGACCGAAAAAUCUUAACAAAUAAAAAAUAAUUGCGGGGAUCCAAGAACUCAAAGUACCAACAGAUACUAAUGACAGGGCUUUCGUUAAACGCUGGAUUUGCAUGUCUCUGUUUUGGUGACAAGGAACGGAUUUUUGCUGAAUCUUUCUCCAAAUAACGAUGUUGAGGCCGCAGAUAGUCACAAUUAGUAACAAGCCGUAUAAAGUAGCGAAAGCGAAAAAAGCUCGCCGACUCAAGCGGAAAAGCAAUAUAUAAACCGUAGAAAAUAAGAUAGCCAGUGUCCAAGCCAUCAAAAUAACAAGCUUGUAUUCUCGCGUGGAAAGUGUUCGGUGCUUCAGCGGCCAGAAAACGGCGUAAAAUCUUUCAGCAGAUAUCAAAGCAGCGGUAUUAAACGAGGCCAUAGAGGAAACCGUAAAAAUGAUUUGAAGAAAAGUUGGAAAUUCUGAAAAAUAUAACCUACUGCGAGUCGCCGUUACUAACUAAACAAAUAAAGGGAGACUUGCACCUCCCAACACCAGAUCAGCAAACGCCAUAUUCAUAACAAGAUAUAAGCUUUUCUUAUUUCGCAGCUUCUUGUUAAAUAUGAAGAGAACAAUUGUGAGCAAGUUUCCCAGGAAAAUAACGACAGUUUCUGACGCAAGAGCACAGCUCCAAGCGAUGACUUGUGCCUCAGAAAGCAUUUCGUCCAUGGCUGAAAAGGAAUUAUUGAGUGACGAAGUUGAAGCUGACAUAUUCUUCGUUAUUGUUCCUGCCGUUACUUUAAUUUCUAGAAAUGUUACCGUUGAAGGUGUACGGGAAACAGCGGAGACGUUUAUUUACAACUGCUGGGACACAAAACCAGGCGUU